UUUUCCGGGUGUUUCCUUCAUCUUAACUGCGGGCUGUGUAACAGUCAACUAACGUAGCUUUUCUUUGGCAUUUUAAGCCCUAGUUUCGCCGAGAUGAAUCGUAUUUUCGGCCAAAGUAAAGCCAAAGGUCCACCACCGAACCUGACGGACUGCAUAGGAAGCGUUGAUUCUCGGGCGGAGUCCAUUGACAAGAAAAUCGCCAGACUAGAUCUUGAACUUGUCAAAUACAAAGAUCAAAUGAAAAAGAUGAGAGAUGGGCCCUCGAAGAACAUGGUGAAGCAAAAGGCAAUGAGAGUUCUGAAGCAGAAAAGAAUGUAUGAGGGUCAGAGAGAUAAUCUCAUGCAGCAGUCUUUCAACAUGGAACAAGCGAACUACACAAUCCAAAACCUCAAGGACACUAAAACCACAGUUGAUGCCAUGAAAGUCGGCCUCAAAGACAUGAAGAAAGCGUACAAGAAUGUGAAAAUUGAUAAGAUUGAGGACAUGCACGAUCAGCUUGAGGACAUGAUGGAAGAUGCCAAUGAGAUCCAGGAGGCCCUCAGCAGGAGCUACGGCACUCCAGAAAUUGAUGACGACGACUUGGAAGCAGAGCUGGACGCCCUGGGAGACGAGCUCCUCCUGGAUGAUGACAGCUCCUACCUGGAUGAGGCUGCGACUGCUCCCUCCAUCCCGGAGGGCGUGCCUGGUGACAAGUCAACCAACCGGGAUGGGGUCCUGGUGGAUGAGUUUGGCCUUCCUCAAAUUCCUGCUACAUAAGGAUCAUUUUACCCGUUAGUUUUACAUGUAUCAUAGCCUUUUUUUUUGUAUUGCUCCAACUGACACUCCUGGCCUCUAAGUGCAGCCAUGAAAACCAAAGCAUCUUCUGCCCAAUGAAUGAUAAAAUGUUAAAUCAGGCCACUCAACUCAAAGAUUGUUUUUCUUUUGCUGAAGUUCUCAGCUUGAACGGUGGUUGAAAUCUGGGUCCUUUUAACUUUGUACAGUUUCUGAAACAGUAAACAAUAAAUUAUAUUUUUCAAACGAU